AUGUUCCUAACUGCCUCCUUCAACGGAUACAACAUGUUGUACAUGGCCCAGCCAGUUUUCCCGGUGCUGCCCGUCCUCCAGCCAAUGCAGGGCAUCUACGGGGCUCCACCGAUAGUCUAUGGAGUCCUGCCGGCCCUCCCUGUAUUCUACCAGCCCUCGGUGGCCUUUCCACAAAGGCCAGUGGAAUUUUGCCCUCAGGGCAAUUAUGGACAAACAAGCCGGGAAAUUGGCAAUUUUUUGGUUCAACCAGCCCAUGGACCCUGCUCAACGUCAUCAUCUCCAUGCCUCAGCCAGGAGCCAUCUUCUGGCUAUUCGUCGGAUAGUGAAGCCGGCGCAUCUCCCGGCUUAGUGCAGUAUCGCUUCCGGGAAGCGCCGCCGGCUGCAAAACGGCUACCCAUCUUUGAAGCCGUGCACAAGAGAGGUCUCAAGGAGCUACAGGAUCGACAGCGAGUCCAUCAAAAUGGCCAAAGGAUCCCUUGCUCUGAGGGAAAAUCGAAAUUGCCUGAGGGAAAGAAGCUGCACCGACGUUUCAAAACAGUGCUUUGUAACAAUUUUAUGGCUGGAGCAUGCCCCGAUGGAGUCAACUGCAAUUUUGCCCAUGGAGAAGAAGAACUAAGGGUCCCAGAAUUGCCGAAAAAUUACAAAACGCGGCCCUGUGCAAAUUUCAUGCUGAAAAAUUUCUGUCCAUUGGGGAAAAAGUGUGACUUCAUCCAUUAA